AGCUGAUAGACAAUUUUGAUACACCUUCGCUAAGAUCCACUUCACAGCAACUCUUAUUGUAGCUUUAGUGGAUAUUUGUUAAGCGUGAUAAGAAUGCAGGCCCAAGUUAAGGCUUCUGGCCGUGGUGCUGCUUGCCGCGGUUCUACGCAACAGCAUAUGCAAAGUAGCAUCUGCCUUCGACCACUUUCCUCGCAACGACCCUUUGUUCAGUCUCAUACGCCGCCCGCACAAUUUGUCCGCUCGUCAGCCAAAGUCUCAGCCAGCAAGCUUGAUGGCCUCUCCCUUUUCGGCUCAAGCACCAGCAGCCUUUUGGGUGGUGCUCCUGUUGUCGAGAAGAAGGUCCCCGUCAAGGAUGCAGUUAUGGCGGUGCAGCUCCAGUCCGAGGCUGGAAUGGACUACACGGACUUGCGCAACUCCCUUGCCGAGGGCGACUUCAGGAAGGCCGACGACGAGACUCGCGCCCUGCUAAUUAAGCUGGCAGGGGAAGGCGCUAAGAAGCGGGACUGGGUUUAUUUCACGGAGGUCAAGGACAUUCCAGCCGUCGACCUUCAAACCAUCGACAACCUUUGGAGGGCGGGCAGCAACAACAAGUUUGGCUACAGCGUGCAGAAGGAGAUCUGGACACAGCAGUCAAAGCGCUGGCCAAAGUUUUUCAAGCAGAUAGACUGGACUACCGGCGAGAACAACAACUACCGGAAAUGGCCAAUGGAGUUCAACUACAGCCUCAACGCGUCUCGUGGGCACUUGCCACUUACAAACGCGCUUCGGGGAACUCAGCUCUUCCAGGCCAUCAUGGAGCACCCGGCGUUUGAGGCCAAGGCAAAGAAGACAAUGGACGAGAAGGCGGCCGAGGCUGCUGCCAGCACGAUGAAGCUGUUCUAAGCAGUUGCUAGGCUGCAUCUUGCAUCGCCACGCUCUGUGGCUGAACGUUAGGGGAGUGGGUUUGGCUAGGGGUGGCACCGGCAUGCAUAUUUGGACCGGCAGGGGGGUAGGCACGGCAGGGAGGCGACAUGUAGGGUUUCAGGAGUGCUCGUAGGAAGGGGCCAGAUACUGCGUUUCACGCCGAAACGCGCCAUUUUGUGAGCCUUUGAGUGUUGACAGUGUGUACAUUGCUGCGGAGCUGUAUGCUGGAGUGUUUGUACGCAGUCGCUGCUGCACUGUUGCUACUGGCAACUUGUAGUCAUGCGGUAAAUUGUACGUGAGCGUUAAGGUAAUGAACCCACAAACUAUGCUAGCUAGCUUCCUACACCCCUCACUUUGUGUGCUAAACAGCGUCUAGCCUUUGUGUGUAUAUGGGGCAGAGUCCAGCGCCCGGUAAAGGUGCUGUAGUCGUAGGAUGGUAUGUUGCGCGGUCGGGGGAAAACAGCAGGACUGUUGGAGGGGCGCCGAAGGGGUAUAGCCUCUGCAGUGCAUACGCACACGCGUUUAGAGAUAUUAAGGGUCGAACGCAGCAGCAGACUGACUAGCGUGGGCGUGCUGGUGGUUCACUGAUAACGUGGAUCCUUUAGUGACGCGACUGCUCCCAAGUUUGGCUUGUAAACAGCCGUUUCUGGGUGGAAACACCAGCGCUGCAACAACCGUUAUGUUCUGUGUUACCGUUAUGUGGCCGGCGUCGGUGCGACGGGACGGCUGCCUGGCCUCACGUGGGGCGGCUCUUUCCCCCUUCAGGAAAGAGACUGCCUGACGUGACAGCCAGCAGCAAGGCUAAGCCCCGACCCCGCAUGCAGAGCUCCUCCACGUGCCCUAUGUCUACUGGGGCGUGGGCGCAUGAGGUCAUUAGCCGGAUCCGCUCAUGGUCGACCUGCGUGCCCUGCUGCUCUGCGGCCGCUGCUUCCGCGGCGGUGCUGCAGAUGCUUAGGAGAGGGGGGUCGGAGCCGGCAAUCUGCGUGCUCGCAGGGCGGUGGUCGGCUGCGGAUUGGCGGGCACACUUCGGGUGCACCUCUGACAAAGCAAACCACUCUGGCGUUGGUUUGCUUUGUCAUUGGGCGCUGGUUGGAGAGUUAGGGCAGGGAUGGUUAAAACAGUAGAUGUGAGUGCUGAAGUGUGAGAAGAGAAGUCCAUGCUGCGGUCUUGUCGGCGUGUUGGCUGGGGAGAAGAGGGGGGCAGCUGGUGCGACGCGAGUUGCGGGCAGACAGGCGUGUUCCAUCGGUGGAGUAGGUGCCGUAUGGGGGCGUGUUGGUAAUGGGAAAGUUGGUGUGCAUGCGUGUCCUUAAUGGCUGGGGCAAGAAGGAGCACCGGCGAAGUUGGGAUUGCGACUGAGGCACUGCUCGAAUGUCGAGAGGAGUAUGACCAUGACAGCAGUUUUCUCACCACCGGAAGGACGUACUGACCCAAUUGGGCACAUCGUGCGCAGGGGGUUACCCUGGCUGAGUGUAAUGCUUGCUGCGGAGAC